UUUCCAACCACUACCAUACCCACAGUCGUAAGUAGCAAAAUUUUCCAAGACCAUUUCGAAACAUCGUGUUUGUUGAGUUGUGAUCUCGUCCUCCUACUCCGGAGUAGUUCCGUUUCUGUUUCAAGGUCGAUCUUUCUACCAUCUGCAUUUGCUUCUGGUAUUUUCUUAGAAAAUGCUAAUGCUGGCUCUCGUCCCUCCCAGUUUCGCUCGGUUGCGUUCGUCGUUCCUCCACCUUGCGGCUGCGGUUUUGGGCAGCACUAUUUCGUCCAGCCUCGUGUCAGCGCGUAACCUGAAAGUUUCAUGGAGCGACUGCGGGGCGGUCAGCGACAAAAGAUUCGGGGUACUUCCCUUUGGGAAAAGAAUGAAAAAGCUAAAGGAAAAUAAGGCCGCUGCGCGGAUGAACUCCAGAGGCGUCGGCGACGCGGGUAAAAUCACCAAAGUGGAUAUUUCGCCGCAGCCCCUGGUCUUGGGACAAGAGAUGAAGAUUGGAAUCGAGUUUCAGUCGGGCGUGCCUGUACAAUUUUCUAUCGUGCCUAAUCCUGCACCUGUAGCUUUUUGGAAUUAGAACAUGAAGAACUAGUCCUUUGUUUUUGGUCCUGCUUGUUCGGUGAAAUUUACACCUGUACAUUGAUUGCGGCGACAAGAGUGAAACUCUGCAAUAUUAAGUAUUGAUCAGCGUCCAUUUAGUUUCGCCUUAUUUAUUGUUCUCUCUCCUUAGGUUCCGGCCGGAGCAGGAAGCAUUUUGGAAGUAUCUGGGAAGGAAGGCUGGUUCGUGAGUUUCAAGCACGACUUCGAUCUUUGUACGGACCAAGAUUUCGAGUUUCCCAUGAACUUGGGCAACUUUCACCUGGACGGUCUGGGGAAUUGCGGUGAGAAGAAAGAAAUGGUGAACCACAGCGGUGCGUUUCCGUCAACAAAGUGGUCCUCUUCAAGUAGAUUCGCGAGGAAGAAAAACCCGGAAGUUGAUGAAAACCAAAACUCUACUGCGCCCAAGACAUACGAUCUAGCUCUGUCCGCGACAGUGAACGAGGGUAUCGCGAGCUUGGCUUCGAAAGGAACGGUGUGGCUCAAACCGAAGAUCAACAACGGCGAAGAAUUAGCCUGUUUGCAAUUUCAACUGGAACUGGAGGGGGAGCCGAACAAUAAAGCCGACCCGGUCGCCGGCAGCGGUGAUGGCGCGACGGUUCCGUCUGUUUUUUCUACGGCAUUGCGAAAUAGUGGUCAGGAGGUCUGGAUCUAGAGGCACACGUAGACGAUGGAGUCACUGGCGCUUCGUUUUUAUCCCUUUCCGUGUAAUAAAAGAGAAAGCAUUUUUUACAGUCAAAUUUUGCGUAGCUCCAGAUCAAUGUAAGUACGCAUGGAAAUAUGUCGUUGUCUACUGCAGCCUGCAAAACGAAAAUCAAAAUUGGUUCUCACACUGAUAUCUACUUACGGCAUCAUAGCGUGAUGAAUGUCCUGCAUUCCUCCAGAAAUGAAAUGAUGUGAUAUUUCUUGUGCAAUGAAACAGUAGUCUUUCGAUGGCGACACUUUCAAUUUCACAAUUACUCAAAUA